AUGGACCGCCCCCGCCCCGGCACCCUCGCGAGCAUCCAACACUAUGCUACCACGCUCAAUGAAGCUCGCCAGCUCCAGAUGGACGUGGAAGCCUCGGGCCAUGCCGCCUUCGAAGCCCGCCUCAAGCAGACUCUGCACGAGUUGCAGGAACGCGUCGAGCAGCAGCAGCGUGCACUGGCCGAGUUGCGGGCUUCCACACGCCAGCCAGCGCCCCUCGUGCCCUCUGCGGAUCCCCGGGAACGCCUUCGGCAACUGAGAACUCUGCAAAAUGCGUACGAGCGCUUGACCCCUGCAGAGCCGUAUCUCCCUGGCCCAACGUCUGUCCUGCCGACUCUGCUUGCGACAGACAGCACCCAGAGAUGCAUUUCCGAGACCAGAGAUGCUCUCGCCAUCUCGCGUGCAAAGCUUGGAGCUGCACGGCGGGAACUUGACCGAGAAGAGAGAGGCCUCCAGGAUGCGAAUGCAAUCACCCUCAGUUUGGAGGCGCGCAUCGACGUGCUCGACUCUCAGCGUCAGGAGCGGGCGGCCAAAGCACCGCCACAGCUAGCCAAGGAAUUGCUGGCAUCAAUGCGCAAGCGCCAGCAGAAAUACGAUGUCGAGUGCCGACGGCUUCAAUCUGCCCUAGAAAGCUUCGUGGAGGAGCACUUGGCCGCUCUGGUCGCCGCCGAGGAGCUAGGGGGGCCCGUGGUUGGUGAGCUCAUGGACGUUGGUGAUGAGAUGUUGGCUGCAGGCUUCUCCCAUCAAGGCAAACCGAAGCCGUUGAAGCAGGGAAUGGCAGCUGUGGACAGGCGACAGAGGCGUAUUGAUGAGAUAUGGGGCGCAACCGGCGCGCCCGAUGACGAGCCUUUGGAUGAGAAAGACGCUGCUGCCACGGAAAUCAGGUCGCUGGUUGAAGACCUUCUACGCGCAUUGCUGGGCGAGACUCCUGGGGGGGAGUAUGUUGAGCUGAACAGAGAUUCUGCAGCCUCCCGCUUCUUGGUGCGCGCAAAGGUUGCGCAGUUUCACCCAAAAGAUGCGAGGAAACUUAGAUUGGUUGACUUCGGCCGGGACCUGGAUAUGUGA